UGGAUGUUGGAGGUGGCUUGUUAUUGUUUACUGUUUGUUUACUGCUGUGAAAUGAACUAUUUCAGACUAAUUUAUUCAUAUAAAACAAAAUAAUUGCUCCAAUGACAUAGCCUCGGUAAACAAGAUUUGCAUUUAUCGAGCAAAAUAAAGGUCAGCCGUUAUCGAUUUUUGCUUUCUGGUGAAGCUGUUCUUCAAACAAGGGCUAGAAUGGAUAUGAAUAAUUCAGAUAAAAAUGAUUCUCAACAAAUAAUUAUUCAAACAAGUAACUACAAUGUAACUGUGAUACCAGUAGAGUUCAACCGAGGACGAGUAUACAGCUCUCAGAAUUCUGAUUAUUUGUCAGAAUCCUACAGCAGGACACAUGAUGACUAUUCCCAAACUGAGGAACUGUCAUCAAGUCAAAAUGCUCUCUACUCUGUGUCCCAGAGAUUGCCACCUGUGAGUACAAGCUUCUCGAAUCUAUGCUCCUCAGAGAGCAGCUAUGUUUCUGAGCAGGUCAACUACCAGAAUGUGAAGGCAGAGUGGGAACGAGAGCGUACAAUCUCAACUUCAGACAGCACGAAAGAUGGAAGCAGUACAGAUGACAAACAAACCAGCGAAUCAACAACGGCGUCUGUGCAGGCUUCUCUUGCGUCGGCAAAUAAUCCGUCAACAAGUUCGUCCACGGAACCGUUCCAAGGCCCCAUAAUUCCAACAAGCGUGUACUUGCACAGUAGAACUGCAAUCAUCAUGGAAAUCGAAGAUACUCCCUCAGCAACUUGUGAGCUGUUGUGUCAAGCCAUCAUCAACAGUGAUGAAUUGGGACUGAACAAAGUUCUUGCCUCGCAGAUUUUCACACUUUGGAUGACCAGCCCAUUACUAGGAGUUGUUGACUUGCAGAAUUGCAACUGAAACCUACGCAUAAGCCAUAUGAAAUCAGGCAAAAGUGGCGCUCUCUAGUGGAGCAGCACAGUCAUGCUUCGUACAAUAGGCAGCAGAGGGAUGAACCAAGACUCAUGUUCCAGAGAAACGUGUUUUUCCCUCAACAUUUGGAAGAAAAGAUAAAAGAUCAUAAAAUUUUGGAAGUCCUUUAUGAAGAAGCUCGCAGUAAUAUUUUGAAUGGACGUUAUCCAUGUGAAGUAAUUCAUUAUAUUAUGUUAGGAGGAAUUCAAGCACGCAUUGAACUAGGGCCUUAUAACCCCUUAGUGCAUUCGACACACUAUUUCAGGGAGGAGCAGACCAAAUUUUUGCCUAUCCAUGUCAGAAAAAGUUCAACUUGGACAUGGUUGCCUAUCAGUUCGAAAAACUCGGCAGAAGUAAGAUUGUUGGAACAGUUCAAGAGAAUUCCAAAUUCUGCUACGAAUAGGAAACUGAUGAAGAAAUAUUUGGAGUUUUGUUGGUCUUUACCUUUUUAUGGGUCCGCUUUUUUUGAAGGACAAAUCGAGCAGCCCGUAAGAGGUUUACCAUCUUUGAUCACCCAUCAGGAUAUUCCAGUGCUCGUGGCCAUCAAUUCCAAGGGAAUGUAUAUUAUCGAUGAUAUUCAGUGUGUAGUAUUGUUGGGUCUGAGGUUCGAAGAAUUCAGUUGGGAAUACGCGAGACCCUCCAAAGAAGGUGAUCCCAAUUGCCUGCCAUGUUUGUUUGUGCAGUUCAUGGUUGUAGAAAACGGAGCUCGGGUUUCGAAAAUUUUGCAGGUGUUCUCAAGACAAGCCAGUUUGAUGGACAAUCUGAUUGUUUUCUUUGUCAAUCAGCUGAAAUCGAAAUCGAACGAUGAAACCGAUAAAUCGUUAGAUAACCAAGUUAAUAAUGAGAACGAAACUCACUCGUCUCUGAUAAUGACUUCAGUGCAUUCGACAACACUGCCUUCCUUAAGCAACAAGUUGAGUAGGUUGACUUUAGCAACGUUCGACGAAGAUGGUCAUUGCAUCGGGCAAAUGGGAUCAUGGUCCAUUAGCUAUUAAAGCUAUAAUCAUUAUUUAUGUACAUUCCAAUGCACGGUGAUAUUUUUGCAUGAUAUUUAGAGAUUAACAUACUGCGUUUGACUGAUUUUACAGGGUGCGGCAGCAUAGCUUCAGUUUUUCAAAACUAGGUUAAAACUUGUAUGAAUCAGAACAUUCUCCAUACACAGAGUAAAGUGAGUCAUGACUUUGGCGAGCAAAGCUAGCGUUACGUUGGUAAUUUUUCCUGGAUGUUGGUCUUCAAAUCUUGUAAGCUCCUUGAACGAUUCACAUAAACACGGAAUUUCGAAAAAACUUCUUAAAAUUCACAAGGGGCCAAAUCACCCCUAAUUGAGAU